GUCGGUGAAAACAUGGCGACUCACGCCGGGCUCUCAGCGCCGGCUCUCGGUCGCGGUGGCGUCCCCGCUGCUCCGCCGGUGGCCUCGGCCCAGGCCAACCUGUUCAGCCCCAGGGGGGCGGACGGUUGGCAGCACGGGUCCCAGUCGGACGCCGAGAAACAGUUUUCCCGCUGCGCCGCGAAACUCCGAGCCCUGCGAGCAGACUCCCGCCAGCUCAGAGAGGAGCUCAAUCAGCUGUUCGACCAGCUUCUGUCCGAAAACUACAACAAAACCUUCUACCCCAACAUCGACAUCCGUCCAAAGGAUGUUUGUACUCUGCUGAAACAUGCCAGUGGUCUUGUGCCGCUGAGCCAAGAACACUUGGUCAUCAAACUCUGCCAGUUAAUGCAUCAUCUGCUCAAUCAGCUGAAGGUAAUAAUGGAUGAACAGACAUUAGAUGUAUUGGUCAACUAUACCGCCAGUGCCUUGAAAUUGUGCAGUACUUGGACACACUCGGACGUGCUCCUGGCUCUCUCCACAAUAGUGUAUGGGAAUGGAUCUCAGUGCCACCAACACCUCAGUGACUUACUCGUUGAAGAUGGCAUGCUUCUGCAGUACAGUGCUCCAUCUCAGCCAAAUAUGGAAUUGCGUCGUGUGGCUCUCAUCUGUAUGGCCAACAUCUGUCUCAGGAUCCCCGGUCAGCCCCUUUUGGAUGAUAAAUACAAAAGUGUUUGUUUCGGAGUCUUCCUGAAAACACUGCAGUCACCCAGACCUCUCGACACCGAUGAGCUCUUCUACUGCUUGGUGAUCCAGGCGGCACUAAAGGGACUUCAGUGUUGUCUAUCAAGUGGGAAAUGGAAAUUUGGGGGAGGGGAGGAGCUCGGAUCUGUGCUGGCCACACUUAAGAGGCUCAUGUUCCAGGCAGUUCCGGGUGUGAAUGUCGAGUGGCCGUCUGUGCUCUACCCAGCGCCUCUUCCUCAGUAUGAGGGUCAUUCUGCACCAAAACCUGCUGAACCACAAAAACCCUCAGGACCACCAAAGGAUGUGGCAGUACCAGGCAAAACGUCGGGGAAUAAAAAGAAGAAAUCCAGAGGAAAGGGGAAGAAGACUGGCACUGAGCAGAGCAGAGGGGAUGAUGGAGAGGAAGAUGAUAGAGUGGCAGUGUCUGCAUCUCAGAAAGGAGGUGGGGGAGAGUUCAUGUCUAAAACUGCCGCCCCUUCUCUCUACCCGUCCUGGAAGGUAAACAGCUCUGACUCAGAGUUUUCCGACGCCGAGGGCAACGCACAGAGCAAAUUAAGAAUUUAUCAUGGGCGUGUGCGUCAGGGAGCUCUGCACUGUUUGCAAGCGGUGGUGAAAGGUGUGGAAAAACGUACACUGUACGGGUACUGGUCUUCCUUCAUACCUGAAGCUCCUAUUGGUGGACGACCAUCUCUCACUCUGCUCACAAUCAUAUGCAAGGACCCAUCGCCAAAGGUGCGCGAGUGUGCGCUUCAGGUAUUGUCAGCCAUGUUGGACGGCUCCCGUCAGUUCCUGGCUGUGGCUGAAGAUACGGCGUCUCCCCGUACAUCUUACACGCCUUUAUCCUUCUCGCUGGCUACGGCCGUCAGAGAACUGCACCGUGCUCUGAGUCUGGCUCUGCUUGCUGAGACUGCUCCUCAGACACUGACUCAGAUCAUUAAGUGUCUGGCUUUUCUGGUGGCCAACGCUCCGUACCACCGUCUCAGACCUGGUCUGCUCAGCCCGCUUUGGAAGCAGAUACGUUCUUAUGUGCGCUACCGAGACGCAAAUGUACGCGUGUCGGUCCUGACACUUUACGGCGCUUUGGUGACGACUCAGGCUCCUCUCCCUGAGGUGCAGCUCCUCCUCCAACAACCGGACAGCGGCGGCGGCAGCAGCAGCGGCUCCUACACACCGCAGGACUCGGCUCUCAGCUGGCGACAAAGAUGUGGAGAGUCCUCGCCGUCUCACACACCUGGCACACCCUCCAAGCGCAGCUCGCACACACACUCACCCAACGCGCUCCGAACACUGACGGGGGAGGACAGCGCACCACCGUGGCUGCUGCAGCUGUGUGUGUCGCUGGUGACUCAGCCCAGAGAGGAGCAGUCCGACAGCGAGGGAGGGGGAAUGGGAGCAGGUGCUGUUUUGGAGCCUUCCCCUGUCCGAGUUGAAGCACUACAGGUCCUGUCCCACCUGGUGCGUGGCUACUUUUCUCUAACCCAGGCAUGUCUGUGUGAGAUUGGGCAGGUUUGUGCACGCUGCCUCGGGGAGACGGACCCCAACAUACAACUGCACGGAGCAAAGUUACUAGAGGAGUUGGGGACAGGAAUAAUCCAGCAGUACAGCCAAGACAACAAAGUGCCUGAGAGCUCACGGGUGCCCAUGAGCCAAGUGGUACAGUUUUGGUCAGACGUGUUGAGCGGUCCGCUGAAUAGAGCGCUGCAAAAUGAACAGCAUCCCACGCUGCAGACGAGCGCCUGUGAAACGCUGUCCUGCAUCCUGCCACAGGCCUUUGCUCAGCUGCCUGACAAGAUGCAGCUGAUGUGCAUCACUGUGCUGUUGGGGCUGACCUACAGUGAAAAACAUCUGGUGAAGACGGCAGCGGUCAGGGCUCUGGGGGUCUACAUACUGUUCCCCUGUCUGAGGAAGGAUGUGAUGUUUGUGGCAGACACAGCGAACACUGUCCUCACCGCCCUCAGCGAUCGAUCUCCAAUCGUCCGCGCCAAGGCUGCCUGGUCUUUAGGAAAUCUCACAGACACACUUAUUGUCAUUAUGGGGAGCGUAGGUGUGGACAUCCAAGAAGAGUUAUCAGACAUGCUACUGCUCAAGAUGUUGCAGGCAGCCACUCGAGGAACAACUGACAAUGACAGGGUGAAGGCUAAUGCAGUGCGAGCGCUCGGGAAUCUGCUUCAUUUCCUGCGACAGAGUCAGCUGACCAAGUCUACUUUCCAACCACCUCUGCAAGACGCUGUCCACGCUCUCGUUCAAACUGUCCAAUCAGAGGGCACGAUGAAGGUCCGAUGGAACGCCUGUUACGCCUUAGGGAACGCUUUCAAAAACCCUGCGCUGCCGCUCGACUCAGCGGUGUGGUCUUGCGACGCGUUCUCUGCCCUCUGCCACGUUGUCACUUCCUGUAAGAACUUCAAGGUGCGAAUCAAAUCGGCCGCGGCCCUGGCAGUUCCCACCCGCCGCGGCUGCUACGGGGACACAGAGAGGUUCGGCUGCGUGUGGCAUUCACUGGCCACAGCGCUGGAGAACAGCGAAGACACCAACGACUUCUUAGAGUACCGCUACAGUGCCAGCCUGCGACACACGCUCUCACACGCUCUGCUGCACCUGCUCAGCAUCAGCCAGUCUGAGGAUAUGCCCGCCCUCGGGGCAUCGCUGGAGAGCGAAGAGGGGAAAGCCAUCAAAGAGCAUUUGCUCAGAUACCUCAGAGCAGAGGAGGGAGGAGGAGAGGGGGCGGAGGGAGAGAAAGACACGGGAGGGAACAGUUUCAACACUGAGCAGAGAAUCGGACGUCUGCAGCUCACUCUGACCAGACUGAGGGAGCUGAAGGCUGAAGGGGAAGGCGGGGGAGGGGGAGAGGAAGAGAGUGGUAAAGAGGUGGUCCUCAGGUUUCUGGAGGAUUUGCUCAAGACCUGCGAAGAGCAGUAAAGAGUCACAGCUACAGCGCUAGCUUUCAGAAAACUACGCAGUGAUACACUGUGCUAUAAGGAAACGAUUCAAUUAAUGUUGUUCUCAGUUUAUACAGAGGAAAUGUUUAACCAUAAGUUAAUCACAAUAUGUAACAACAAAAUAAAAAAUACCAAACAAGACUGAAAUGUUGAAAUGACAUGAAAAGAACAAAGACGUAGAGAAAGAUGAGCUGUUAGAAAUAAUAAUUGAAUAAAAACAAAGACUUGAGAAAGAGCCACAGUAAAUGAUUUACCUACAUUACCAUGUAGUUUUCUGGAAUAAUGCUUUUAAAUGUUUGUUUAAAUUCUCUUUUUGCAUUCCACAAUUUAAAUCUAAAAAUUUAAGUGUUAAACCACAAACUUUAAAAAAAAAAAGCAGUGACUGAAAGCAAAGACAUAAGGUGAUCUGAGGACAUCACAAAGAACGUUCGUGAAAACUCGAGUCCAUGCAGGUUAUUUUUUUAUUUUCUUCUUGAGAUUUGCAGUGGCCUUUUAUAAUGUCUUCUUCACCUAAUUGCACUUUCACUCUUGCAGUGAUUAUCACCUGAUACUCGAUAUGAUGUAGUAUGAGAUGAAUUGUUUUUUGACUUUGAGUGACAUAUUUUGAUGAUAUGAAUAUAUGUUCUUAUGUAACAUAAUUUACUUGUCCAAGUUGUGAGCCAAAGGAUUCAUUGUAGUCCUUGUUUUAUGUGAACAGUCAAAACAUGAUUGAUUGCAAAAAAAAAUCUGUUCAUUUGUGAUUUUUCCAUUUAUUAUUAUAUUAUGUUUGACAAAUAUUCUUGAUGCCAUUCAUAUUGAAUUACUGUUGCCAAGCCAUAUUUUGAAUUAUAAAGUACAGUACAUUAUUUGAACACAGUAAUGAAGAUGCUCACUGGACAGACAAAGUCAACAAUAAAUACAAUGAUUUCUCGCGUCAA